AUGAAGGAAACACCCAAGCUAACCACAAAGAACUGGUAUGCUUGGAACCCUUGCCUCCAAAACAACCUAUCCAACUGGCCACCUGCCCUAAAGCACCUCAAUGGUAUCACCAAGCCAGGAGAUAAAAAGUUCAAUCAAAAACUAGACAAAAACCUCUGCACAAUCCUCCAAAGCCAUGCCAAACUCACAGGGACCAACAACAUCAACUAUCUCUUCAUCCAACCUGCAAAGGCUGAACCCUGGAAGCUACACAAACUAUACACUUUCCUCAAGAAAGACCUUACCAAGAUGGAGCAUAUCACUGAAUCAACCCUCCUCAAUGAAGCUGGUAGGAUCCAGAUGUUCAAUGUGGACAUCCACAAGCUUGUCACAGAUAUCAAUGAACAUUGGGCCAAAGCCAAAUCAAUGGGGUAUAACCUAACCUGGGUCCUCAAGAUCAAGACACUCAUUGACCAAAGAAAAUUCAUCGGAACAUACCAAAAUUGCAACACAAACCUCCAGGACAAUGGCUGA